AUGAAGCGGGACGCGCAGAGCACCCAGGAGCACCUGGGCCUGCCCGAGGGGCCGGAGCCGCCCGCGGCGUCUUCGUCCUCGGACCCAGCCGCCGAGCUCAAGCCGCGGCUGUGGAUCUUCGGGUACGGCUCGCUGGUGUGGAGGCCGGGCUUCGAGUUCACGUCGCGGAAGGUGGGCUUCAUCCGCGGCUACAGCCGGCGCUUCUGGCAGGGGGACACCUUCCAUCGCGGCAGCGAGCGGGCGCCCGGCCGGGUGGUGACGCUGCUGGAGGACCGCGGGGCGUGCACGUGGGGCGUCGCCUACGAGGUGUGCGGGGAGCAGCAGGUCGCCGCCUCGCUGCAGUACCUGAACGUGCGCGAAGCCGUGCUGGGCGGCUACGACACCAAGCUGGUCAGCUUCCACCCGCAGGACAAAGAGGCAGGGGAGCCCAUCCAGGCCCUCGUCUACAUCGCCACGCCGCAGAAUCCCUCCUACCUCGGCCCGGCGUCCGAAGAAGACAUCGCGGCGCAGAUCAUCGUCUCGAGCGGCUGUGCGGGCCACAACGUGGAGUACCUCCUGAGGCUGGCGGACUUCAUGCGCUACUUCUGCCCACAGGUGGAGGACAAGCACCUCUUCUCCAUCGAAGAGGCCCUCAUUGCCCUCCUGCCCUGCCUGUGCCACUCGGAGAAAGCCCUGGAGGAAGCGCCUGGUGUCCCGCAGAAGGUCGAAAGGGAGAACUUCUUGCAGGGCUCCAGUAGGAGGGACGAAACAAUCGGGACGGCCUGAGCUCUAACAGAACUACACAGGGCCGAGCGGACGAAAGGAAACAGAGAGGGAGGGAGGGAGGGAGGGAGGC